AAUGCGUAAGGCGUCAAGGACAUUUGGCUACAUUCCAUGACGAGCAACUCGUUUUGACUUGCCCACUUGGCACUUCUGACCGGUAGGUGGGAGGGAAUAGUCUAGCUUUCCUAAUUACUACGUCAAUUCGAAAAUUCUUUUUUCACCUUGGCCAGAGUUCCAGCACAUAAACCUUUCCAUAUGUCUCGGCCAAGAGCAACUCCGUUGAGUGCGCGCACAGCGAGGAAAAGAACAUUGAUCAACUCUUGCGGUGCGAUUGAAAAAGCAAGCAAAACAGGCACAUGGAAACAUGCGCAACAAAUUAAAAAAAAAAAUCAAUGUCAGCUUGCACUGGGACAAAAACAGAUCUUUAUAGGAAUUAUGGGUGGAGGAGAUAGAAUGUUUAGUAAGUAGAAGCGACAUUGAUCUCAAACACGCACGUGCUGCUGUUGUUCAUGUGGGGACAGGGCGAAUAUUUCUUUACUCCAUGUAGCCGAAUGAAGAAGAGGAUAUUUUCAAAGACUGCUCACGUCGAAAGCUUGUCCUUUGUUGGCCUUGUUCUCGCUCAAAAGGUCGAGGCUUUGAAUCAGCAUUACGACGAGCUAUUGGAUUAGUAGGAGAGAAUGCACGAUUCUCUAUUCGUCUCCCGGAAAACGGUGGAUAUCACCUCGAAUAAGAAAUAAACUCAAAUAAGUGAGUGGGGUUCGUCGAAAGCAGUUGAAGUGAGGCUGGAGGGAAAAUGAGUGCCUGGUUUAGAGGCAAGAAAUGCUAGUGACGGGGCUUCCCCGUGAUUGAUGCGAGUUUUCAACCACGAAAUGGCCUCCUUAUCCAGAUCGAGCUCGAGCCUCCAGCCAGCUCCUAAGAUGAGUCUGGAGAUCUUCCUCCGGGAUUGUGUGUUUGUCUUAUUGAAGCACAUUUCGGGUGGGAAAGUACAAACCAAAAUGGACGAGAAGAUCCUCGAGUUCUGCAUUCGAUCCGGAAACAAUGUCUGCGACCAAGGGAGGCUGUUCCUCCACAGCUUCUUAGAGCGCAAGAUGAGGUCACUCUAUCCCAAUUCCGCAUGUGAUGAUGGAAACAACAAGUCAUCGCAAUUCUCUGUGAUAAACGAAGCAACAAAUGUCAAAGGCUGUCUGUCAUUGUCAGAUCCCAAACAGACCACGAUCCUCCAGGACUUGAACAAGGAACUGAACCUCGUUCAACGCGAGAACAAUCACCUGAUUGAAGAGGUCGAGGUCCUCAGGAUGGAUAUUGCCUCCUUGAGAUCCAUCAUUGUUACUCGAGGAUUCAAUUCUACCCAUCAACAACAUUUGGGACAGUUCGAUUCAGAAAAGAUCAACUAUAACGAGGGCAGCCUUCAUUCUCAGCCAGAGAUUCAAGAGUGUGAUAUGGCCAGAGGAAAGAAAAGUAGGAAAAGUACUCCCACUGCCGUGUCCAAAGCCAAAGCCAAAGUGAAACCAUGUUCCUCGACACAGGAUGUUCCACCGAAAAAACUCGAAAGCGACAGUAGUGGUCCUUCGCAUGAUACGUUUUCCAUUGACCGAGUCAGAGUGCAAAGCGAAGGAUCCGAUGAGGGUGAGGAUCCUCGGAUUGAUUUGUGGGACACCAUUCGACAUUUAAGGGAGGAGUUGAUCAAAAUCACCAAGAAGCAGGAAUCUCUUAUCAAGGACAUGACCUCCAAAGACGGAGAACUUGUUCAUGCAGAGGAGCACAUCAACGAGUUAAUGCAAGAGCUGGACGCCAACAAAAUGGAGUACAAUGCUCAUCAGAAGGUGAUUCAAAUCCUUAAGACAGAACAAUCCCAGUCAAAGGAGGAUUUGCAGAAGGCGCUCAUAAGUAUUCCCGAGGAAAUUGCCAUUUCUUCUAAGCCAUUGGCCACUCUCUUUGGCGAUGACAUUAGUAGCCAGAAAUCCAUAUUCAAUCUCAAACUUGAGCAAGUUGACAUCAAGCGACAAUUGGCCAAAUCCAUGGCAGAACACGACAAGCUUUUGGCCACACAUUUGUCUCUCGCGGAUGAGUAUGAAGCGCUCAAGGAGGAUUUUACCAACUUGAUUGGCAGACCCGAUCCAUUGAAUAGCGAUUGCCAAUCCUUGAAUGGAACUCGAGCCUUAAAGGAGGAAACGACCAAAACCCAAGAAGCUUUUCGCGAUUUGGCUUUACCUGAACUAGAAGACACGUCACAUUUCGAAGACCAGAGCCGAGCCCAAGAACAUAAUAACAUAUAAAAAAAGAGCAUAACUGAACUCAAAAAUCAUAAUGCAACCGGUUUGAGUUGAGUUUGGAUCAGGAAUAAUGCUCAGAAUACUCAUAUUACAUUGAGAAUCUCUUUUGCUCAGUCAUGCUAAAACAUGUCGUUUGUUCUUCGCGGCCUAUGCCAA